AUGGCAAUUUAUUUUUUUUUUNGUAUCAUUGACGACACUGAACAAGCCCUGGAAAUGGCUAUAUCUAUCGUUACCAAAUGUUGCGCUCAGGGACUAAUGCAGCGCGUAUUUACCAUCAUCCCGUCUGCAUCUUUCCGCAACCUGUCUUCACAGCUAGAGAAUUCCAUAGUUAAUGUUUCGUGGCUCCUCCGUGUCUCCGCCACAGAAAGCGGAGAUGAGUAUUUGGGCCUUCCUCCUAUUGCCGCUAAUGAACCUAUAUUGUGUUUUAUUUGGGAACUUAUAGCGAUUUUAUAUACUGGUUCGGUCAAUGAUCGAUCUGAAGCUGCUGCAUCAUUGACUUCACUAGCUAAGGACAAUCAUCGGAAUGGAAAAUUGAUCGUUGAAGAAGGUGGAGUUGGACCAUUGUUGAAAUUAUUGAAAGAAGGAAAAUUGGAAGGUCAGGAGAAUGCUGCAAAGGCAAUUGGACUAUUAGGACGUGACAUUGAAAGCGUCGAACACAUGGUGCAUCUUGGUGUAUGCUCAGUGUUUGUGAAAAUCCUCAAAGAAGGUUCAAUGAAAGUUCAGGCUGUAGUGGCUUGGGCAGUUUCUGAACUUUCUGCAAAUUACCCAAAAUGUCAGGAUCUCUUUCAUCAGCAUAAUAUAAUUAGAUUACUUGUUAGCCAUCUCGCCUUUGAGACAGUCCAGGAGCAUAGCAAGUAUGCUAUAGCUAGCAAAGCCACGUCGAUUCAUGCUGUCGUUUUUGCUAGUAAUAAUAAUAAUAGGGGUAGUGUGACUAGUGUGCACAAGGUGAAUGAUAAUAAUGAUGAUGUAAACCAUCACCAUCAGCACAGUGUUUCUACUACAGGGGUAAGUAGUAAAGGGCGAGAACUCGAGGAGUCUGUUACUAAGGAUUAUAUGAAGGCAAUGGCUGCAAGAGCUCUAUGGAAACUAGCCAAGGGAAAUUCAUCUAUUUGCCGUAGCAUUACUGAAUCAAGAGCACUGCUUUGCUUUGCAGUGCUGUUAGAGAAUGGGACUGAAGAUAUUCAGUACAAUUCAGCUAUGGCAGUAAAGGAAAUCACAGCUGUGGCGGAGCAAGAUUCUGAUUUGAGAAAGUCAGCAUUCAAGCCUAAUUCGCCCGCUUGCAAAGCUCUUGUUGAUCAACUUGUGAGAAUCAUCCAAAAAGAAGAUUUAAAUCUGCUUAUUCCGUGCAUUAGAGCUAUUGGGAAUUUGGCUAGGACUUUUCGAGUUACAGAGACGACGAUGAUUAGCCCAUUAGUAAAGCUGCUCGAUGAACGAGAAGCAGAGAUUUCAAACGAAGCAGCCACUGCACUCGCAAAAUUUGCGUGCAAUGAUAACUACCUUCACAUGGAUCAUUGCAAAGCGAUCGUAAGCAUGGGAGGGGCAAAGCAUUUGAUUCAACUUGUUUUCCUUGGUGAAAAAAUAGUUCAGAGUUCUGCAUUACUUCUGUUAUGUUACAUUGCAUUGCACGUCCCUGAUAGUGAUGAGCUAGCUCAAUCCGAGGUGCUUUCAGUGCUAGAAUGGGCGUCGAAGCAGGCAUACUUGAACCAAGAUGAAAAGGUGGAGACAUUGUUGCAUGAAUCCAAAAGCAGGCUUGAACUCUAUCAAUCCAGAGGAUCAAGGGGAUUCCGUUGAUUGCAUCUGUGACUUGAUGUGCAUAAUUUGCAUUUUGUUAGAUGAGAUAUUCUGUUUCUUGUUUUUAAAUGUCUUCCUAUUUCCUAUGGUCAUGGAAUGUAUAUAAAAUAAACUUUUUUUCCUGCAAAAAUUUUGUUUAAGAAGACCUCAGGAAUCCCCUCUGCUCUGUUGAAAUCCCCAACUCAUUUGGGACUGAGGCGCAGUAGUUGUUGUUGUAAGCUGUAUUAUUGUAUGUAGGACUAGGAUACAGAAUCUGUUACUCUUG